AUGGCACCAUAUAAGGCGCUUUAUGGGAGGCCAUGCAAAACACCUUUAUGCUGGACCGAAGUUGGAGAAAGAAGAGAGUUUGGACCCAAAAUUGUAGAAGAGACAAUGAAAGAGUUGGAGAUCAUUCAAACCAAUAUGAAGAAAGCGCAGGAUAGAAAAAAGAAGUACGCCGAUCAAUCAAGGCGAGAAGUGGUGUUCAGUAUUGGUGAUUGGGUUUACCUAAAAGUGUCAGCUCAAAAAGGAAAGGACCGAUUUGGAAAGGUCGGCAAACUAGCGGUAAGAUUCAUUGGGCCUUACCAGUUAUACAACGAAUCGGAGAGCGCUAUUGAGAUAGAGCAAAUCGAAAACCUGCAAACAAACCUCACUUAUCCUGAGGGACCAAUCCGAAUAGGUGAACGUCGGAUACGAAGAUUGAAGAAUCGAGAAAUUCCUCAAGUCCAAGUUUUCUGGGGUAAGCGGAACCGUGUAAUUGUGACCUGGGAGGAUGAAUCAAGAUUCAAAGUGUUGCAUCCAGAUUUCUUCCACGAAGAUGUAGUGAUGGAAGAAGGGGGAUCACCGGAUCCUUAG